UAUACGUCAUUAACGACCGUGAAGGGUCUUUUUACAAGGCAAAAUUAUGUAAUCGAGUUGGGUGGAUAUCUAAACGAAAAGGAAUUUAACCGUAAAAUAAAGCCAGCAAAGUAUAGUAUUACCAAAACACGCAAUAUGCGUUAUAUAUAGUUAUCUGUUUCACACGUGUGGGAUAAACACUGUGCAUUUCGAUCUGAAAAGCAAUUUAAUAGGAAAAUAAACAAGAAUAUUUCAUAGAAGUUGAAAGGAUUAUUAAUAAAGAGAAUGCAGACGAUGUAUUUGCUAUGGAUCCUUCUCCAUGUUAUUAUAGAAGUAGCAACAAAUUCACCAACUUGGACUACGUCUUCUCCCGUCUCCAUUGCUUCUACAGCCUGUAAUGGUGCAUCAACUGUAACAACACUUAACGCUGAUUCAGGCGACAGUUCCACGGUUCUUUACAGCAUUGUAUCUCAGACUCCCACUGAUGGUGGAUUCGCUAUUACUGACCACUUUUCUGGAAAUAAAAUUCUGACGUGUACCCAAGCAUCAGUGGCGUCCUACGUAGUCGUUCUCAGAGCAACACAUGAUGGUGGCAACGGAUUACAUGCGGAUUUGACUUUGACGAUAACAUUUACAGACAUUACAUCUGGACCAACAUGGACAUCCGGAACCUCUUAUUCGUUGGACAAAAAUGACUGUACCGCUUGUGACACAGUAGCCACACUCGCUGCUACCUCAUCAGACUCUACGUCAGUGACUUAA